GCACAGGAGUAUGUAAACUUGAAGAACUCGGGCUUUUUCAGUUAAAACCUACCCUUGCAUCGGAGCGCAGCAAACAUGCCUGAACAAAGCAAUGAUUACAGGGUGGUUGUGUUUGGAGCAGCAGGUGUUGGCAAAAGCUCCUUGGUCCUUCGUUUUGUAAGGGGAACUUUCAGGGAAACCUAUAUCCCCACAAUCGAAGAUACCUACCGGCAGGUAAUCAGCUGCGAUAAGAGCAUCUGCACCCUUCAGAUUACAGACACCACGGGAAGCCAUCAGUUCCCUGCUAUGCAGAGGCUGUCCAUAUCCAAAGGGCAUGCUUUCAUCUUGGUGUACUCUGUCACCAGCAGGCAGUCCAUGGAAGACCUUCAGCCCAUCUUUGAACAGAUUUGUCAGAUUAAAGGGGACAUCCAAAAAAUUCCAAUAAUGUUGGUGGGUAACAAAAGUGACGAGACCCAGCGGGAGCUGGAUGCCAGCGAGGGGCAAGCGUUGGCCAGCAAGUGGAAGUGCUCUUUUAUGGAGACAUCAGCCAAAAUGAACUACAACGUGCAGGAACUCUUCCAAGAGCUCUUGAAUCUGGAGAAGAGGAGAACUGUCAGUCUCCAGGUGGACGGCAAGAAAUCCAAGCAGCAGAAAAAGAAAGAUAAACUGCAAGGCAAGUGCUCUGUUAUGUGAUUGACUGUGGCUGGACUUGCACCACUGCAUGGUGUAAUCAGGGCAUGGACUCCCACAGAAAAUACAUUUCUGCUGGAGGUUUCAGAUGAAUCCAUGCCUUAUAGGGCUACAGCUUUUCUCUAAAAUCUCUGCUGGGUUAUUUUAUGUAUUGGUUUGAAAGAGGAUGGCUUUCUGCAUGUUUGGGUUUUUUUUUAAAUAAUAAACGUUGAAUGUUAGCAA